AUGUCGGACACGACGCUCAAAAUGCUCACUGACGGAGCCAUGUGCUCCGUGUCACAUGGAUUCGACUGCACUUACCAUCAACGUGAUGCGGCCUUGGCCAGGCAAUCCCAGCGUGCGUCUCUUCCACGUGAACUGCCUCAGCACGAGGGCCGACCUUCACCAAUCGCGACUGCGCCAAGCAUAAGAACGCUGGACAGCGGCAACAUCAGCAUUGCAGCCCGGCCAUUGCGUGCUGCAAGUACAGAGGCCAAGGCUUCCCUUGAGGACGACAUCCAGCCGAAGGACACUUCAAACGGGCUCAGCGAUACCAACCGCCAUACAAAAGGAACAGAGUAUUAUGGGCCAGCAGGCACUUUCUACUUCCUGUCAUUGCUGCGCGGCAAGGCAAGCGCCCGAAGUCGCCAGGACUCUAUCGGCCCUGGGCAGGACGAUGCCAGUCCUCGCGGGGACGAUGGUGCUUCUGUGGUGAAUCUUCUUCACAGCUACGACUACUGCGCCGCCUCAGAUGCUGAGGCACGUUCAGGUCCCCCACGACUGCUGCCAGCGACAGCGUCGGCUCGAUCCAAUGCUGGAGGAUCAUCGUCUGCGGCUGUGACAAAAAGCUCGACGGUAGAAGUGGGUUUGCAGAAAGAGUGCGUCAGGCUCUACUUUCAGAGCUUGCACUGUAUACACCCCUUUUUGGACCAGUCGACCUUCCUCCAGCGGUGCCACGAAGAGGUAUGGGACAUUCAGCAGGGCGAGACUCGACGCCGUAGACACGGUUUUCUUGCCUUGUUCUAUGUUGUUCUUGCGCUGGGGGCCAUGCCCGCUGGGGACGCAUCCUCCCUGGGCUGGACGCAAAACGUAGAGUUUCUCAACCAGGUCGAUGCGCGCGGUGCCCAUCAAGCAUCUUCAUAUGUUCCCAUAAGAAUAGCGCGCCUGUAUUUUGACAAGGCUCAGUCCUGCUUGGGUAACGUGUUUGAAAUCUCAUCCAUUGAGAUCGCAGAGGCAUUGUUCCUUAUGGCGGGUGAUGCGCCGACCACACAAGUUCUCAAUGCAAUGGUCGGCUUGGCAGACAUCUUGCUUCACAUAUCUCACGAGCUAGUCGACUACGCUGGCGAGCCGUGCGGCAUCGAAAAGAGUGCCAAAGCACUGGAGUACGACAGGCAAAUAUCUGUCUGGACAGGCAACCUACCGCAGAGACUGAGCCUUACUGGCGUCUCUUUGCUCGAAUCGGAAUUGAUCACCAAGCAGAAAAUCGUUCUCAAGCUUAGGCUGUUUAGUGUGCGGCUACUGCUUCACCGUCCGUUCUUGAUCUCCGCCGCCACUGAGGCAAAUCACGAAAAAUACGCUGUGCACAUUCGAGCCUGUGUGGAUGUCUCCAAAGACACGAUAGAGCUCCUGUAUGACACGUAUGCAAGUAGACCAUGGUUCCGGUCAUGGUGGUACAACUCUACCUACACACUAGAUGCGAGCAUGGUUCUUCUUUACGUCGUACUCUCUAAUAUGCAGCCGGAACCAGCAGAAAUGCUGCUGGCAUCGGUGGAGAAGUCAAUUGAGAUCUUUAGAGCCAUGGACAGAGUCGCCGUGACCCGAAAAUGCGCAGAGAUCACAUCCGAGGUGCUCAGCAUCGCCAGGGAUAUUGCUCGAGGCAAUCGGGAGCAAGCACUCCAACAGUUCCAUCACGCAGAACAACAUCAGGCCCUCGGCCCGGAUCAUGCAGGUGCCAUGAAUGGCACUCUCGGACUGCAGCACCAUGGCGGCCCGGCGCCGGAACUCAUGUUUCCACCAAACUUGACGCAAGAAGACAUGAACGCCAGUCUGCUGGAGACGAACCUGAUUUCCAAUUUUCUGGACCCAGAUGGCCUCUUCUUCUACUAG